AUGGCCCCUCAGGCGGGCGUCAACGGCGUCCUGCCUGUUGCAGUCCUGCACCGAAAUGCUCCUGCCCAGCCACCGCGUGGCCCCAAGGCUGCUCAACCCCGUCUGAAGCUCGUCUUGCGCCGUCUGCCCCCAGGCCUGACCAAGGCCGAAUUCGAGACCGUGGUCGGUGACGAAUGGAAAGUCGGCGCCGGUAAGGUUGACUGGCUCACGUACAGGAAGGGCAAGAUUUCGAAAGAUGCGGCCAAACCGUCCAAGCCCUCUCGCGCGUACUUGCACGUUAUCAAACAAGACUUUGUCAUCCAGCUCGGAGACCACGUUCGUGCCCUCACCUUUCACGAUGCCGCAAAGUCAUGGCAGGAUCCAGCCCUUGUCGGUGCCCCUACGCUCGAGUUUGCGCCUUACCCCAAAAUGCCCGGUGGUCGCCGCAGGAAUGAUAACCGCCAGGGCACCAUCGACCAGGACCAGGACUUCAAGGACUUCCUCGAGAGUCUGACCAAUCCCAUCAGCAAGCCUGCUGCUCCCGAGGCCGAAUCGAAGGACACAAAGGUCAGGACAACGCCUCUCAUUGAGGCGCUGCGCGAGAAGAAGGCGAACAAGGACAAGCCCAGCAAGGGACGAUCUGGACGUGGAGACAAGGACCUGAGCGCAGAGAAGAAGAUUCUGGCCAAGCCCGGCAAGGAGAAUGUGCAGACAGCAGGGGACAAGAACCGCAGAUCAGGCAAAGCCGACAAGGCCCAAGCCACCAAGGAGGCUGUCAAGAUCCUCAACAAAGAGGCCUCGACCUCGAAGGUGCUCGCGGACAAGACUGCAGCCGGCCCACCACCAGAGCGCAAGCGCGGUAAUGUCGCUCUUGCAAAGUCGAUGCUCCAACGCGAUCUCGGUCUGGGCCCUGGACCAACUCCUAACCGUCGACGUGGGACGAAGCGUGAGGUUGCUUCUGGCGAUGCAGCAACCCCAGCCAAGGAAACGCCUGCCGCCGAAUCGAAGCCCAAGGGUGCACCCGUGGCUCAGAACGCCGCAGCAUCAGCUGACAAGGCAGCGCAGGCAGCGCAGGCAGCGCAGGCAGCGCAGGCAGCGCAGGCAUCGCAGGCAUCGCAGAAGAAGGAGCGCCCUACGCGCGCUGAACGAAGAGCGUUCAAGGCCUCGUUGGUCGACACAACGAACAGCAAAGCUCCAUCAGGCGGCGCAAAGUCUCCAGCUGCGGCCAAAGCUCCAGCAGCACCGACGCCCCAGAUCCUGAAGAAGCCCCAGGCCGCGCAGACACCAGCAGCACCCAAAGGGCCCGCGGCAUCACGAACUCCAACCGAGUCUGCCGCAAUGCGAACGACGCCAGGACCAUCAAAGGCACAAGCCUCGACACCCUCGGCUACGCCCACAGCCCCUGCGGCCAGGCCCACGCCUACUAAGCCUGUUCCUGAUGCCACGAGCAAGCAAGCUUUCCUCAAGCACGCCAAUCCAUCGCAGGGCAUCACCGAGCCAUUGAUUGAGGAGGCGCUCAAGGCAUUCGGCGCACUCGACAAGGUCGAGAUCGACAAGCGCAAGGGAUUCGCGUACGUGGACUUUGCAGAACCGGCAGGCCUGCAGAAAGCCAUGGCUGCUAGCCCUAUCAAGAUUGCACAGGGCGCUGUUCAGGUCCUCGAGCGUAAGGCACCAGCGGUCAGACCUCCCCGCUAUAAUGCACCUCCCCAAGGACCACCCCAUGGAUCGCCCCUUGGACCAGCCCGCGGCGGUCGCGGAGGGUUCGGGCCCCGGGGUCGAGGACGUGGAGGUGCACGCGGAGGAGCCAAUACUGCUGCGUCUGCGUCUGGACCCACCACACCUGCUCUGGCUGCCGCUCAUUCAGCGCCCGCUCCCACUCCUGCUGUCGGCCCCGCUACAUGA